AUGGCAGACGCGCUCGAGCCGUUCAAGGGCUUCUUGAACCGCGUGCGCGGCGCCAUGCGCCGGCGCCGGCUGGCCACCCAGGGGACGGGCCUCUGCGUCGUUCACGAUCCUGAGAAUGCAGAGAUCGACAUCGUCGCCAUCCACGGUCUGGGUGGACAUAGCUUCAGCCACUGGGUGUCCGACGACCCUGCCGUCAGGGGCAAGCCGCGGCCGUGGCUCGAGGAGCUGCUGGCCGUGGACAUGCCCAAAGCCCGCAUCAUGACCUACGGGUACAUCUCCGAUGGCAUCAACUACCGCUACGUCGUCCGCAACAUCGUCUACGGUAGGGCCCUGGACCUUGCCCGGUCGCUUGCCUACCGCCGCAACAAGGACGGCUGCGCCCACUCGCGCCCGCUCUUCUUCAUCGCCCACAGCCUGGGCGGCUGGAUCGUCAAGCGCGCCCUUAUAAUAUCGGGAGAGGCUGCCGAUCCGGAGCUCAGAGACCUCGAGCUGUCCACCUGCGGCGUCGCCUUCUUCGGCACAGUGUCCCCCGGCCGCCCCUCGUCGCCUGAGCCCCUUGCUCGUGUUUUCCGCCGCACCACGACUGGGUCUUGCGACGACUGGUCGCCCUCCAGCCGGAGGAGCGGCUCUGCUGACAACGACGCCAACAUGCAGCCCGAGGACAGCGAGCUGGAGUGGCUGACGAGCCAGAUGGAGGCCUUCAAGGCCAUCUCUCCCGACCUGCCGCGCCUGUCCUUUUACGAGACUAAGAAAUCCGAGGACGAGUUCAUCGUGGAGAAGCGGCACUCCAUCGCCGGCCUGGACGGCUCGCAGAUUGGCCUCAAGGCGACGCACCAGGACCUGGUCCGCUUCAAGGGCAGAGACGAAAACUACAAGACGUUUAUCGACAACUUCCGCCAGAUGGUGGAUGACGCCCGCAGCUCUGAGCUGAUGCAGUCGAAGCGCAAGAUUUACGACAUGAGCACAGUGACUGGCCUGGAAUACAUCUCAGACAAUUUCACUGUCCCCUAUACACUCCCUGACACAGGAGCCGUGGUGCCCCGCGAGGAGCUUCUUAACCGUCUAGACGGCAUCCUCAAUCCUGACACUAAUUCCCCGACGCUGAACCUCAGUAUCGUCACCCUCUGGGGUCUCCCGGGCACUGGAAAGUCGACUCUGGCACGACACUAUGCAGAGCUCAACAAGGACAAGCUGUCCUUCGUCUUCUGGAUUCGCUCCGAGAGCUGGGAGACGGUCAUGGCGAGCUACCUCGAGAUUGCCAAUACGCUUGUCGAGCACUACUCCAACUCGGCGGAGCGCGAGCAGGUCGAGAGUGACCUCGGACUCAUCGGGGUGCAAGACAUGCUCAAGGCGAAGACUCUCAUCGAACUGGACACGCCCAGGACCCAUUCGGUUGUGCGCGCCAUUAGGAACUGGCUGCUGCGGCCGGGUAACAGGAGCUGGCUCCUCGUCUUCGACAACGUGGAGUCGUCAUUUGACAUCUUCGAGUUUAUCCCCCUCACGCUGGCGGGCAAGAUCAUCUUCACGUCGCGGGACAGCAACUGCUGCUCCUGGGGGACCAAGCUCCAGGUGGACGCCAUGACUGAGCAGGAGUCGAUUGACCUGCUGGCAUCCAUCAUGGGAAAGGCGGCUGUGGAAGAACCGGUGCAGAGGGAAGCGGCUGCGCGUGUUGUCAAGCAGCUCGAGUACCACCCGCAAAACAUCAGCUUGGCGGCCUCUACUAUGCGAAACAAGGCUCUGUCCGUGCUGGAAUACCACACGAGAAUCGAGUCCAAGCUGCCGCUGAGCAUCUUUGGGUCCACCAUGGACCAGUCUCCUGUCACGCACACGGUGCUGCGCGUCAGCGCCAUGCUGUCGGACUCGGCGAUUCCUGUGGCGCUAUUCACCGUGUCAUCGCUCAAAACCGUGCCGGCUCGGUUCGCAAAUGUCUUUGCCGAGAUGAAGGACUUCCAAGACGACCACCUCGACGCUGCCCUGCAGUACCUGCUGGACCACGAUUUCAUACAAACCCCGUCCUCAUCCUCGUCCGAGUCGACCGACUCCAACUCGGCAUCCUCCCCCUCGGCUUCCUCCCCCUCGACACAGAGCUCCAUGUCCUUUGACUCGUUUGUCAUGGACUCGGCCGCGAGAGACCACGUCCGCGAUUCUCUUACACCCGAGGAGAAAUUUGACAAUGCCUGGCUGGCCUGCAACGUGUGCGCCGACGGCAUCGAGAAGAAUGAGUCGGCGUCUUCGACCCUGCAGGAGAUUCACGAGUUUGCCAGAGUCAUGGCGCCCCAUGCCAAGACGUGCUACAGCGACUGGUCACGCGUGCUUGAGGGCCCGGACGAUGAUGUUGACGGCAACGAAGACGUCGCCUGGCAUAUACUCGGAAGAGUUUGCAUGACCCAGGGUGCGACAGAGCAAGCUAUCGGAUGUUUCGAGCUCUCGCUUCAGCACGCGUCCCGACUCAGCGCCAUGGAGCGCACACAGACGGCCCUCCUGCUCGCCAUCCUGUUGCAGAAUAAUGGCCAGAAGCAGCGUAGCAACGAGAUGCUCGCGAGCAUCGACCUCAACCUCGAAUCCAUUGACAAGGCGCUAGGGUUCCGCGUCGCCCUCGAAAGGGCCGCGUUCGCCGCCGCCCAGGGCGAGUUCGACUACGCCGGGGACCAGUACCAGUCGCUCGAGUACCUCCAGGAGGAGGAGCUCGGCGCGUCGGACAUGACCACGCUUGGUACCGCCGAGGCCCUGGCGGCGACGCUCGCGCGCCUCCGCAACUAUGACGUGGCGAUGCCGCUGUACCGGCGCGUGCACCUCUCGUACCAGAAGACGCUCGGCGAGAGCCACCCCAUGACGCUGCAUGCCCUCGAGAGCCUGGCUCGCGUAUGUAAGGAUGCGUUUGACAUUGACGGCGCCGAGGAAAUGUAUGCGCAGUCCAUCGAGAUUAAGACGCGCACGCUGGGGGCCGAGCACCCGGGCAUUGCCAACCCGCUGAUGUGCCUCGGCAUCAUCGACGACCUCCGCAAGCGCUUCUCCUCCGCCCGCGACCGCUACCAGCGCGCCCUCGCCAUUGUUGCCCCCUCCCUCGGCAGGGCUCAUCCCCUCUACGUCGCCACCAUGGAGAACCUUGCACUCAGCCGCCGCUUGGAGGCCCACGACCUCCCUCCCCCUCCGCCCUCGCCUCACGUGUCACACCGCCGGCGCCGCACCUUUAUGCACAAGCGCGACGGCAACGACUCGUCCCCGUCUCGCUCGUCCCUCGCGCCCUCGGCGGAUCCCUCGCUGCUACGCCUCGCCAACGACGACGACGACGACGACGGCACUUCCACCACCACUCGUGCCACCCCGGCCCCCGCAGCCGACGCCAGCGAGGGCAGGAUCUCCCCCCGCGCCCUGGCCUUCAACGACGCGGAGCGCCUCUACUUCGAGACCAUCCGCAUCAAGCAGUCGGCGCGCGAGCUCUACACCCAGCGCGACGUCUUCUCCACGGCCGCCAAGCUCGCCGAGAUGUACGAGCACGAGGAGUUUUACGACGCCGACCGCCGCCAGAGGAACGGCGUGCUCAAGGACCUGCUCCGCGAGUCUGCCGGACAGAGGGACAUGAAGAAGUGCGUGCCCAUGGCGGUGCCUUGA